GUUGUCUCGACAAUCUGCCCUAUUACCCGAAUUGGUUAUGUCUGCACCGAGGUCCCUUGGCACGAACGUACAAUGGCUAUACGGAAACCGCCGGUUGGCAUCCCCACUUUGCGGCCUCUAGCGUUAUUGGCUGAGGACUUUACAUGUUGAUCCAUGGACGUCCAGUACAGGCAAUCGGAGACCCACGCGUUACUACCCUGCGCGUCCUGACUCUUCAGGGAUUCAUAGGAUGCAGAAAUUCUCUUAUAUGAGACCUACCUAACGCACGGCACCACGCUUUCACCAUCGACGCCACCAUGCUCCACUUUCUUGCAUGCGCUCUAACACUGACGCUGGGAUUUGCGAACGCAAAACAACAACGUUACACCCUCAAGGUUCUGGAUGCUAACGUAAAUCCCGAUGGGUUUCCGAGACCUGCAGUCACUGUUGAUGGGACCUUCGGCCCUUUGCUCGCCGCAGGACGCUAUGAUGACUUUCAAAUCGAGGUGAACAAUCGUCUCAGUGAUCCUAGGAUGCUCAAAGGAACUUCCAUUCACUGGCAUGGCAUCUUCCAACAUCGUACUGCCGCCAUGGAUGGUCCUGCAUUUGUGACUCAGUGCCCAAUCGCAUCGGGGCACAACUUCACGUACGAGUUUCCCACUGGGGGACAAACUGGAACAUACUGGCAAGCGCUCUCACAGUACCACUCACAUUACUCGACCCAAUACUGCGAUGGCUUGCGAGGCCCUAUCGUCAUCUAUGAUCCUCAAGACCCUUACCUGGGAUUUUACGACAUAGACGACGCGAGUACUGUCAUAACGUUCGCAGAUUGGUAUCAUGCGUUUGCUCCCGUAGUUGCUGCAAGACCUGGACCUCCAACACCUGACUCGACCCUGAUCAACGGCCUCGGUCGCUGGGUGGGUAACCCGACAGGAUCUUUAUCUGUUGUAUCGGUGAAGCAUGGAAAGCGAUACCGCAUGCGACUCAUUAACAUCGCAUGCGAUCCCAACUAUUUUAUAACCUUCGAAGGACACACCUUGACUGUCAUCGAAGCAGAUGGCAUCACGACCAAGCCUCAAGUUGUGAAUUCAGUGCAGCUUUUCGUGGGUCAACGCUACUCCGUCAUUCUUACCGCAAAUCGACCCGUCGCUAAUUACUGGAUCCGAGCGAACCCUUCGAGCGGCCCGCCAGGCUUUUUGGGUGGAAUUAAUUCCGCUAUCCUCCGUUACGAAGGUGCCCCUGCGUCGCAACCUAUUGGUGUUACACAAUUCUUAGGAAAAACCCUUCUCGAACAGAGUCUGGUUCCUUACUCUAACCCUCAUCCCCCCGGGGGUCAUAAUCCUCCCGACGUGGACUUCGUUUUCAACAUUACAUCCAGAAACCAUUCGUUCUUCAUGAACGGAGUCACCUAUCAAUCACCAUCAGUCCCCAUUCUCCUACAAAUCUUGAAUGGAGCAGAUCCUAGGAACCUACUCCCCAAAGGGUCUGUGUAUAUCCUGCCGAAGAAUAGCGUGAUUCAGAUUUCCGUUCCUGGUGGAUCGCUCGGGGCCCCUCACCCUUUCCAUCUGCACGGUCAUUCGUUUAGCGUCAUCCGUAGCGCGGGACAGACCGUGUAUAAUUAUGACGAUCCAGUCCAGCGGGAUGUUGUUUCGACAGGAGGAUCAAAAACGGAUUUUACCACGAUUAGAUUCAGAACGGAUAAUCCUGGACCUUGGAUAUUCCACUGUCAUAUUGACUGGCAUCUUGGAGCGGGUCUGGCCGUCGUCUUUGCGGAGGAUCCAGCGGGACAAGUGAAAGGACCUCAGUCUCAAAAACACACCAAAGCUUGGGACCAACUAUGCCCUAUUUGGGAUUCGCUUCCUGACUCAGAACAUUGAAAAAACGAGCGAGUUAGUCUAGCGAUCCUGGUGCGGUAACAAUUGCGGUAACAAUUGUUUGAAGCGCAAGUACGCAAACCUGAUCAGGGUGGAGUGGUUGGGGCGUCUAAAUAUCGUUUCGACUGCGACUUGGCGGUACUAGUGCAUCUUUCUUGCUUUUUUGGACUUCGUCUUGUUUAAGCUUCGCUAUACGCGGAUCAUGGCAGCUUUUUCAAUUAUCU